AUGGGGGUUAGACACAUCCUCCAGGGCUCUUCCAGUACCUGGCACAAGUAUGGAAAAUCCAAACCUAUAGUUGCAGGGGUUGUUAGCAGCAAGAUACCCCUUACCAGACAUAGUAUUCUUUCUCUCUCCCCAGAUAUUUUACUUGGUAGUGAAGUUCAUAAGAAAAAGAAACAGAAGCUUAAUCAUACAUCUGAUAAUCAGAUUGUAGAUGUUUAUAAGGCUGAUGGGGUUUUCUUAGUUAAGAGUGUAAUGCAGAUAGCUAAUUUUGGUGGUCGUCUUCUCAUACAUGUCUCUAGUGCUAGUUUGGCUACAGACCUUUCUGUUGCUUCAGAGAAUGAUGAGGAAUCUGAUGAGGAAAGUGUCCAUAAAUAUUUUGCGGUGACCCAUGUCAAUAAAGAAGCUAUCCAGCCCAGAUUUUCAGUAAGUGAUUAUCCACACUUCAUCAUUCAACUAGAAGGAGGGAGUCAUCUCUGUCUGAAUAUUGGUGGAAGGCCAGGUUUACAGCCACUGUCCGUGCAACUGAUAAAUGACCCUAAAACAGAAAUUCAGGUAUUUGGUCAACUUUUACGUGCAGAUGGAAGAGGAAAGCUCCAGUCCUCCUUCAACAAGUUUAUUAUUAGGUAUGGUACAUCUAAGCUGGCAGUGUCAAGUGCUGAAAUUUCAUUGGAAAAUGGGGAACACAUCCAUCACAGUCCUUGGCCCUUCUCAGCCACUUAUUAUUAUGACAGGCUGAAAUUCACAACUGAGCUUGGAAAGAUACUCAGAAUUACACUUGAUGACAAGGUGACUCUUGUGAUUGUGGUUUAUGAAGGAGAUUCCCUGGCACUGUACGUAGAUAGUCAUCCAUUUUCUGAGGCAACAACAGGGCUGAUUGGUCAGUUCUACAAUGGAGCAGAUAUUUCCAUUUUGGUGAAUGCAGGCAACAAACGCAAAAUUAUCUAUGGAGCCAUUGAGAACCCAGUCACCAGGGAAAUGUGGAAGGAUUACAGACCACAAAAAUCAUCGUCAUCUAUCUCAUGCUGGGUUCUGCAGCUGCCCUUGAGCACACUAGAGCUUCUGAAUUAGCAUCAACUGAAUUGUUACUAAAUUUAGAAUAGUUUUCCACAAACUGCUCUGUGUAAAAUAUUGGUACUCUGACUUACUUAUUUUCAUAAGAAAAAUAUAAAAUAUAGUAGAAUGUGUGAUGUUGAAUAUAACCAUACAAUCAGUUGUAUAUUAUUUUACUUGAAAUGAACCAUUUACUGAAUUACUUAAGGUAUCAUGAUGUUAUUUUUCUGUUCCCUUAACCCUUCCUAUUAAACAUUGUUAUUGAUAUAUCA